CUGAAACAUCAUAAAGAACAUGCAAUUACCAUAUUAACGAGCCUUAGACUGUCGAAUUAUAUCAAAGUGAUACAAGUAACAGUUCAGACCAUAAGCUUGUUCAGAACGUUACUAUAAAAGCGGACAAUCGGACUGACAAUGAAAUCUGAAUUCAUUCUUAUCUAUCUAACAUGUGCCCUGGUCCGGGCUUUGAUAGUGAGAAACUCCGAUGAAAUCUUUGAAUGUGACACUUACGAAGACGUAACAAACAAAUUCAGUUCAUGCUUCAAGUCCGAAAGUAACGUUGACUUUGAGCGGAUAGUAAGUCUGUAUAAUGAUAAUGACCACGGUGACCGUAUUACGAGGGGAGACAUACUUACAGAAGUGGGACUGAUAUGCAGUGCCACUGAUAGGAGAGAUGCCUUUGUUCAAUGUAAGAACAACAUUGUUGAAGAAUGCCCUGAUGUCGAACCAUUUAUUACAGCAGCAUUCAAAGCAAAAUUCGACUUCUUCUGCAAAGAUGAGCAACCGUCUGAAUGGAUCCAAGAAGUAUUUUAUGAAGGUUAUCAAUUCACCAUUCCCUGUGAAGGUAACUAUGAAGUAUAUGAAAAUAUUGGAACAUGUGCGCAAACCGCUGGUAUUAGGGAUGGUCUUAUGGAUGCUAGUAAUUUAAACAUCACCUCCGCUUGGUCGAGAAUACAGAGUCUUCUCCAGGACUGGUUCGAAUGCGCUGUUCCAGAAGAAUCACUUUCAGAUGAAUUAGGAUGUGGAUCAACUAAGGCAGACCUCCUAACAGCAUAUGCGGUAUAUGCAUUCUCUGGGUCAAAUAUCCUUUCUCCACCCAUCGGUGAGGUGGCAAAACAGAGGUUACUGAGCGCUGCCCUUUCCAGGCAACAAUUUGAAAAACAGUUUUCGAGUGAACAAUAGAUGUCCAUCUCUUACCAUGUAUACGGAUUAUUUUAAAAAUAUAGUUUGAAAUUA